GCCGCCCAGCGGGAUCAGGGCUAAGUGUGGCCGCGCUCCUCUCCACCGAGGGGUGGCAGGCGAGUCUCAGCGUGCGGAGGGUGCUGAGGCAGGGGCUGCCGGGCAAAGUGCGCGGGCUGCGGUCCUGGUCACCGCCAAAGCCAUGGCUUCCAAACUCCUGCGCGCGGUCAUCCUCGGGCCGCCCGGCUCUGGCAAGGGCACGGUCUGCGAAAGGAUCGCCCAGAACUUUGGCCUCCAGCAUCUCUCCAGCGGCCACUUGUUGCGGGAGAACCUCAAGACCAGCACGGAAGUUGGUGACAUGGCAAAACAGUACCUAGAAAAAGGUCUUUUGGUUCCAGAUCAUGUGAUCACACGCCUAAUGAUGUCAGAACUGGAGACCCGGAGUGCUCAGCACUGGCUGUUAGAUGGAUUCCCGAGGACAUUAGUGCAGGCAGAAGCCCUGGACAGAAUCUGUGAUGUGGACCUAGUAAUCAGUUUGAAUAUUCCUUUUGAGACACUUAAAGACCGUCUGAGCCGACGGUGGAUUCACCCUUCUAGCGGGAGGGUCUAUAACCUGGACUUCAACCCACCUCAAGUGCUGGGGAUUGAUGACAUCACUGGUGAGCCACUUGUCCAACAGGAAGAUGAUAAACCUGAAGCAGUCGCUGCCAGGCUAAGACGGUACAAGGAUGCGGCAAAACCAGUCAUCGAACUGUACAAGAGCCGCGGAGUGCUCCACCAGUUUUCUGGGACGGAGACUAACAGAAUCUGGCCUUAUGUUUACACACUAUUCUCCAACAAGAUCACACCUAUUCAAUCCAAAGAAGCAUACUGAGUCUGCCCUGGGAAGAGCCAAGAAGACGUGGUUGCCCACUCGGUCAUGCGUGUAGUCUUGGUGCCCUGGCCAAAUUAGAAGCCAGCUGAGAUAGCUUGCAGCAUCUUUUCUAGUUUAAGUGAUGAAGUAAUGAGGAAAAUCUAGUAGGUAGAAAGAGUUCAGGAAGAAGGAAACCCUCCUCUGCCUUUGAAAAGAGGCUCUGCAGGUUCAUCACGCCCUUCACAGGAAAGAGUAUAGACUGGAUUUCCACCAGUGUUGAGCCGUGUGCUAGCUCUCAGAGCCUUUUUGCAUGCAAUGGUGGGCCCUCCAGUGUAUCCCACCUUCCACAGACUAGUAAACCACAGCACUGUAUGCCUGAGAACUUGAAGGGCUGUGGUCCUGGCUUGUCCGUUGCCAUACGCUCUGACAAUUGACGCUAAUUGCACUCAGUGGUUGCUUUCCCCCCAUGACUGUGUCUCCCUGGCUCUCAGACAUCCUCGUUUCUAUUGUCUGAAUCUUCUCAUCGGCUUGUACCCGUCUCAGGCUAUGCAGUACCACGAUAGCUUCUGCAUUUACCCCCUCUAAAUUCCUUUUUACAAACUGAGAAGCAGGUGACUGGAUUCAGUCUUUUCCUUCUUCCUGGGAACUGAUCCAGGUAGAAGGCUUACUUGGCUAACCAGCUGCUCUCUCUUGAGCCCACUCUGAACCUUUUAUUGUUUUAAAAAAGAAUUCCCCCAAAGUCUUCAGGGUUCUCAAAAAAACAAGGGAAAUGCUUACUUAUGGAAAUGUGGGGUGAGUGAUUGUAUCCUCUAUAUAGAAAUAGUAGUAAUUGUAUGGAAAUCACUGGACUAAUGAGAUGGUUGGGUUCGAGGCAAGAUGAAUAUUGAACAUGCUGCUAAAUAUUAACGCUGCCAGUGUUUUUCUUCUGCGAGUGACUAACCAGACGGUGAGAGGUCAGUAAAGGGAGCAAGCCGGAGGGCUUGGAGCACCUUGCACUAGAUACACAUAGCGCCUGCACUGAGGAAGACAGCUUGACCGGUUUGGGAAUGCAGACUCCUUUUGUUUUCUUCCUAUUCCAAAGAUACAGUCUAUAGGUGGCCAUAAAGUUCAGAAAUGAAGUACUAUUAUUUUAUCAGUCAUUAUGUGUCAAGAAAGCAUUUGUUAAGACUUUCCUUCCGGGAUUCCAGACUUGUCGGCUACCUUGUUAUAAUUCUUACUCUUCUCUGGGAAGAACAUGGGAAUGUCUUCCCACUGCCUUAAAAGGGUGUCCUGUAUCUGCCUGUCCCCAGGAGGCGGUCCUUUAUUACUGGUGGUGAUUUAGUGUGACAUUUCAUGGUCUGUCUGGGGUCAGGGUAUAGGGUGGGCUUAGCACUUUAGUGGUAUUGAGACAUUAUUCCAUUCUGAAGUGUCGUGUGAAUCCCCAGUCCAGUGACUGCCGUCUGUUCUGUGCUCAUGGCUGUCUGCCUUCCUGUACUGCUGGACUCUUGCGCUUCCUCUCAGUUGUUUUUUGUGUGCAUGUUCUGUGGCUGCCUUAGUGGAGAUGCAGGCGAGCAUCCCCCACUCGUGUUCUCAAUACAGAGAAGUAAGCUUCUGAGGUGCAGCUGCAUGAUGCAGGUUCGUGACUGACCAUUGUCAUGAUGCUGAGCACUUUGGAAGCUUAUGUUUGGAUGUCACUUGGGUAGGGAUUGGGUGAUAAGAGCCCAGGCUUCCCAGGAGACGUGGGAGUGGGAAACCCUGAGAUUAUUCCCAGGAACCAAGGGAAGUAGAGAGUUAAAGGGAUUCAGGGUAAUUCAAGAGAGAUGGGAAAACGUCAAACUUGUUUCUUCACCUACUGUCUGGGGAGAGCAGUAGGGUGUGAGCAGGUCCUUGCCUGCAUACUCUUGUUUCUCUAUGCAUUUCAAGCUCAAUAGACUACAGUAGCCAUCACUGGGACACCAGGGUCAGAAGAGCAGCAAGGGGCAAAAACAUCUUGGGUGAUUUCAUGUCCGUUGGUGUAAAGGUGUUUUCUGCAGCAGACUUGGCUGUUCUUUUCUAAAUGAUUUUGUAGAAAUGGUCAUUGAUACUGAAGGUGACUUGACAAAGGCAGACUGGGUGAGGCAUCUUUUCCUUCUCAGGCCACACAUGGCCAAGAGUCUGGGUAGUCUCUGAGAUUCUGACUUUAUGUUCACAGACUCCUCGUUCAGUGGCUCCCCACAAUCCUCUUGCUUAGAACUUGGGAAAGACUUUGUUUAUUCCUCUAGUAUUUAUGACAAAAAGGUGCUAUGAAGGAGGCCUUCUGAGUGAAGUGUGCACUCUCAGGACCUUUAUAAGCAUUAUGGUGACUCUUCCCAGGCACAACCAAUAUUUCCUAUAAACAAGAGUUCAGGAUAUGAAGUCUUGCUCAGGCUCUUCAUAUGAGUAAACAGAAGAACUAUGACUCAGUCCCAAGUUUUCCUGCUUCAGAAACCCUUGGCCUUUUACAGGAUGCUAGCUGUCUCUGUCUUGACCUAAACAACCUGACGCCAUGAGCCUGCUUAGGUUUGCUUGUGGGCUCAGAGUGGCAGACCUCACUGGAGUGGCUGCAUGAGCCUAAACAAAAGGAGUUGCCAAAUACAAGGCUGGGUUUGGCCAUGCUAAUCUGCCUCACGUCUAGGUGUCAGGAAGCCAUGAAGCCAUAUGAAGGAAAGCUGGCAUCUAUGGAGGCAUUGAAACUAACCAUGAAUGUUACCCUUAUUUUUGGUGUGGCAAACUGCACAAUUCUUGCCAGAAUAAAUGCCAACAACUGCCUCAGGGCACGCCUUGGUUUGACCAUUCCGUAUGUGACUGGGUGUGAGGGAGACAGGCUAAGCGAGCCAUUGCCCAGGACGUUAUAGACUCCCUCUAGUGGCAGACAAUUGUAGCAAACACAGUGUCUUUCAAUAAAAGGCUCUUGUUUAAAACCUUUGCAAGGGUAUUGCACCUUCUCUCUGGGCUUCAGGAAAAGGGAAGAAAAAUGGAAAACCCCGGGCUUUGUGUGAACCUCAAGAAAUGGUAGAGCUCAAGGCUUCUCUAAUUUUCUGAGAACUUGUACUACUGAAUUUGUGAAUUUUGUUUAUGAGCUAGACAGAUCUCUGGGGGACUAUGUUGAACUAUAAUGGCAUUUCACUGUGAUCCCCCAAGUUCAAGGCAGUCUUUAACCCAAUGUUGGUUUAAUUUCCCGGGAGCUGACACAUCAGUUUUUCUUCAGUGACAGUUGUCGUUCUUGAUUUUGGCGUAUGUGCUUAAUUCAGAGUCUGUUCUGUAUAUGCUAGCCUAACUAUUCAUUGUAUUAAUUGAUUUUUUUUUUGUUUUGUUAUCUUGCUUGAAGAUUGAUUUGUAUUGAAUUUGAUAGAAAUAAAACGUUUUUCUGCUUAAUA